UCGCAGCAUUCCACAAUCCAAUCACGUUGUCAACUUGUUUUGUAAAAAAGUGUUCUUUGUACAAAGGGCGACACUGAUCUCCCAUUCAAGUAUCACAGAAACGAUUUUUUCCCCCGUAUUUUCUAACAGGCAAAGCGCUGGACAGCACCUUUGCCUUGAACAAGCGACGUUGCCAAGGAGACCUACGCGGUGACGCUGGCGUAACACAGCUCUUAUGCUGAGGGGAUAGAUGGACGUGUAGGUGUCAUGGCAGAGUUGCACGUUAUAGGGCAGCUGGUUGGAGCUACUGGCUUCCCCAGCAACAGCCUGUUUUGCAAAUGGGGGGUUCACACUGGAGGAGCAUGGCGCCUUCUUUCGGGCUUAAAGCAAGGACAGACCCAGGUGGAUAGCCCCCAAACGGGAGACAUGGCGUACUGGUGCCACCCUAUUGACUUGCAUUACGCCACCAAGGGACUCCAGGGCUGGCCCAAGGUUCACCUGCAGGUCUGGCACCAGGACUCCUUCGGCCGCUGCCAGCUCUACGGUUACGGCUACUGCCACGUUCCCUCCAGCCCCGGACACCAUCGCGUUAGCUGCGGGACUUGGAGGCCACUCGGCUCCUGGCAGGAGCAGCUAACGCAGACGUUUGUUGGCGGGGGACCGCAGCUCAAGAGCCCGGAUCUCAUCUACAGCGGAGCGGAUAGAUACAGGCUGUACACCGAGGCUAUGGGGACCGUGGAGCUUGAGCUCGGCAUCAUCAUGAGACACUUUGACAAAUAUGGCGUCGAGAAUUGAUUUUUUUGGUGUUCAAUCUGGGUGCUUUUGACCAAAGUUAGAUGCUUACAUAUAACUUUUAUUAGCAUGUAUAAUAACGACGGUAUAGAUACAACUGCAUAUGUCCCUCGAGUAUAUCUAUAGCGUAUGAACUGCAAAAACGCGAAUUAAAGAUCAUUUUUUC